AUGAACACACGCGAGGAGGAAGACACUGAAAACGGGAAACUGGAGAUCGUGCAACAGCACGUCUCGCUACCUAGCUACGUGCAUGCGCAUGGAGCUGUCCCAUCGGACUCGCAUGCAUGCACUUAUUCUACGCUGAAACAGGGACCUUCGUGUCUCCGGUCGCCGUUGGCGGAGCAGGUCGCCCGCACCCUUGACCACCCUCUCCCGCGGUUCACCAGGCUGCUAGAGACCAUGUAUUACGUUGGUGAGCAUGCGCAGGAGGAGACGCACGACAAUACGCUGCUAGAGCUUGCUAGGCUCAACUCUCACCUCAUGAGGUCUCUUCACCUCAGGGAGCUAAAGGCACUGUCCUUGUGGUGGAGGGAUCUUUACGACACGGUGAAUCUACCGUACACUCGAGACCGUAUGGUGGAGGUCUACUUUUGGAGUUGCGGAAUGAUCCCUGAGGAGGAACACUCACGCGCACGAUUGAUGUUCGCCAAGACGUUUGGGUUGGUGACUUUUCUUGACGAUACCUAUGAUGUCCAUGCCACCUUAGAGGAAUGUCAUAGUUUCACCGGAGCCAUGCAGAGAUGGGACGAUAGCGCGGUUUCUAUUCUACCUGAAUACCUUCGCAUGCUAUACAUCAAAACGCUAAGCAACUUCAAAGAUUUUGAGAAUAUGUUGAAACCGCACGAGAAGUACCGCAUGUCUUAUGCAAGAAAGGCGUACCAACUGCAGGCGAAAUAUUAUAUGCAAGAGGCCCAAUGGUCCAACGACAAGCACCAGCCGACCUUCAAGGAACACGAGGAGUUGUCGGUCAUGUCUUCGGGCUUGCCCAUGCUUAACCUUGUGGCCCUCAUGGGCUAUGGCGCCAUAGCAACCAAGAAGGUAUUCGAGUGGACAUGUGCCGUUCCCGACGUAGUCCGUGCCGGUGCACAGAUCGGUCGCUUCCUCAACGACAUCUCCUCUUACAAGUUGGGGAAGAACAAGAAGGACGUGGCUAGCUCCGUGGAGUGCUACAUGGGGGAGAAGGGUACCACAGGGGAGGAGGCUGUGGCGGCAAUCGCCGCCAUGAUAGAGGAUAGUUGGAGGACCAUGAACCUAGCAUGCAUGGAUAUGGACCGCGCAUUGUUGCCGGCGGCGCAACUAGUGGUGAACAUAGCAAGGUCGAACGAGGUCAUCUACCUCCGCGGAAGGGACGGUUACACCUUUGGUAGCCACGUCAAGGACCUUGUCACCAUGCUUUUCCUCGCCCCCAUCCCCCUUUAAAGCCAGUGGUUGCAACA